AGCAGACUGUGCUUGACAGUGAUACGCUCCCGUGUGACUUAUUAACUUUAUCGACCAGCUUUUACAACGUUUGCUGCCAUUCUGAAAGGCAAGGGGACUUGUAUUUGAGCCCCAAGUUCCUCGUGUGAGAUUAGCUUGACACUUUUGGGGUUUUGCUUUCGGGACAAGUGAACUUAUUGCCCAGCAAGGUGGACUUGUUCAAUUGCCUUUCUACCGUUUUCCUUUUUUUCUUUUUUUUGUGGACUUCCAUUCGGACGGGGGUUUUGUGUCCCAUUUCCAAAGGGGAGAGUCGCAUGCUCCCCUCCAUCCCCGUCGUCGGGUCUCUAUGGAGAGUUUGCCCCGGCGGAGGCGCGCACGCUGCUCGCGUUCUACGCCGAGGCCGCCCCGCCGAGUGGUGACUCGUGAAUUUCUCGACCUGGAUACGACGAGGCGACACGCUUAACCUCAUUUGAAUGCCUGUGCAAGGUUUCUGCUGGUUGCUGUGCUGCCGCCACGGCUUCAGUUUGCUGGGCAGGGACUAUGGGGAGAAAGAGGAGGAAGAGUCUUUCGAGUUGCGCAAUAAGGACGACCUGACUCCCAAUGGGCAGAGUCCAGCCGAGGUGAUUCACGUUUCUCAACCGACUUCUACGGCCAAUGGGACAAACGGCGUGGCCGUGUCAGACGCGGCUGAUGAGAUGAAGACCCUUAUCCUGGAGAAGAACAAGAUGGCCCUGGAAGAAGAACCUGAAAUUCUGGUCAAAGGUUGGCUGCUGCGCGAGGUACGAGGCAACUGGAUCAAGCAGCGGCGGUUCUGGUUUGUGUUGAGCCAGGACUCGCUAGACUACUACAGCGGCCCGGAAAAGGGAGCCCGCCGACUGGGAACGCUGGUGCUCACCAGCCUCUGCUCGGUCAUCUGGCCAGACAAGCAGACCUUCAAGGAGACUGGCUACUGGAGCAUCACAGUGUAUGGGCGCAAGCACUGCUACAGGCUGUACACCAAGCACUUCAACGAGGCCGUGCACUGGGCCUGCGCCAUCCAGAAAAUCAUCGACACCAAAGCGCCUGUGGAAACGCCCACGCAACUCCUGAUCCAGGACAUCGAGGAGAACAAGUUCAACCCUGAGGUGGUGGAGCACAUCUUCCAGCACAACCCCAUCCUCAAGUACACCCAGGGCCCCCUCUACGCCUCACUGCUGCCCUUCCCCUAUGGCAGCCUCGAGCACACAUACCACCACGGCAAGGGCUACGGCUCGUUGUGUGAGGAGGCCGUCAAGCUCUUCAACAGCCUGCAGCAGCUGGAGUCUGUUCACGAUGCCGUGCCCAUCAUCCAGGGCGUGCUCCAGACCUGCCUCGACCUGCGACCGCUGCGCGAUGAGGUCUACUGCCAGCUCGUAAAGCAGACCAGCCACACGCCUGUCCCCUACACCGUCGCCCACCUGCGCUACUGGCAGCUGCUCACCUGCAUGAGCUGCACCUUCCUGCCCGGAGCCGCUGUCCUCAAAUACCUGCGCUUCCACCUCAAGCGAAUCCAGAACCAGAGUCCUGAAUCAGAGAUGGACAACUACGCGUCCUUCAUCAGCGAGGCUCUGGAGAAGACCAAGUGUCGCGAGUGUGUGCCGUCAUGGGAGGAGAUCCACAUGCUGAUGAGCAGGCAGGAGAUGCUGUGCACGGUGCACUACCCCGGAUCUGGGUGCUGCCAGCUAUACAUCAGCUCACAUACCACCGCCAAUGAGGUGGUGCAGAGGAUGCAGCAGAGGCUAGGCCUGAAGGACAGCAAGAACACAUUUGCUCUAUACGAGCAAAACGCGCUGUGGGAGCAACCGGUGACGGGCGGCGCGCUCAUUGCAGACAUCCUCACCAGCAUCUCCAGCAAAGAGUGCGAGUCCAAAGGCCAGCGCAAGCUGUGCUUCAAGCUCUACUGUCUUCUGGACGCGGACAGCAUUUCAGUGGACAGCAUCGAAUAUCUCUUCCUCUUUGAGCAGUGCCACGAGAUGGUGGUACGCGGCCAGCUGCCCGCCUGCGAGGAGGACCUCCAGACAUUGGCGGCGCUCCGGCUUCAGGCCGUCAGGGGGGACUUCAGCAUGCACGCGCCCUGCCCGCCCCUGGACGAACUCUUCCCCAGCCACGUGCUGGAAGCCCGUGUCCUCAUGGCCCAGGUGCUGCCCCCCUGCCAGGUGGCCGCGCCGACGGGCUGCCCCGUCACGCAGCGCUUCCCCACGGGUCUGCUGGCGGGAGCCCUGUGGAGCCACGCGGCGGCGGCCCACAAGCAGAAGGUGGAGAAGGACCUGCGCCUACGCAGCCGCGUGAAGGAGGAGGCGGCGGCCGUCAUGGGAUCCAUCUUGGAGCGCUGGAGGGGCCUGUUGGGCUCCAACUGCAGAGAUAGUAUGGCUGCCUACCUGGGCAUAGCGCGGCAGUGGUCCGGAUUUGGAUGCACACUGUAUGAAGUCGACUUCUACAUUAGUUCAACAGGGAGUUUUUCCCAGAAGUUGUGGUUGGGCGUAGCGGCCAGCAGCGUAUCUCUGUAUCGCCAAGGAGAGGCCGAGGCCCUCGAGUCGUUUCCUUACGGACAAAUCUGCUCGUACGGCGUCUCCGACAGCAACACGUUCAAGAUCAGCGCCGGCGGCCGCGACAUGCUCUUCGAAACCAACAAGCUGAGCGAGAUCACGCAGCUGAUGAACGCUUACUUCAACGCCACCCGUCUGCAGCGAGGCAAAAGCGACGCCGUCAAAAUCCACGACGGCACACCGGUGGGCUUCCGGCACGCCCCGGCCCUCCUGGAGCUGCCCUCGCACCCCGUCUAAGAUGGACGCCUCCCUGCCGCCUGGGGGCCGGUGGGGGAGGGACGAAGGCGGGGGAUGUUCUCGAACACGAACCUUCAGAGCUGGACCACGAAGUACUUCCGCAUCUGCUUUCUGUCUUUCGCCUAUUUGGGUUGACUUUCCUCGAAGGCGGCCAUCAUCCCCUCCCUUCCCGCGACCUUCAUCAAGGAGUUUUCAUAAGGUCCCGGAUCAGGCUCGCAUUACUGCGCAAGUGUUGAUGCAGCCAACCAUGUGAACUUGGAACUGGAAACAGAUGUUGCGCCUUUGCAGCUCAAGUCACGAUGGCCGCUGCGCUCACGUGCAGAACCCUGACGGGAGGAUCGCUGUUGCCGCCGCCGCCGCUGCUUCUUCUUCUAUGUUUUCGCACCCACUUGUUCGGCCUUGACUGAUGUCGUCACAGCGCAGCUCAACUCUGUUAACAAUGAUAAAACAGUGGUAUCUUGAUUUAGGAUGGCACCAAUUUAUGAGUGUCCCCUUUUACGGGCCGUAGCUCAUUUGAUUGUUUUUUGCUGUUUUUCUUCGGACAAAUUUGAGUUAGGGUUGAGCCACAACACCCGCCCAGCAUCCCACGUCUCACUGAUAAUUGAGCCAAUGAGAACUCGAGUGGAGGAAGUCCACUUUUGUCAUUUUGCUUGAGAGCGAUCUAAAGUUUUACAACAAGGUAAUGAUAAUAGUUUUUACAGUAUUUAUGUUUCUAAUUUCUUUAUUCAUUUCUGCACGUAAAUUAAAAACAAGAAGAAAAACAAAACAAUGUUACCCUACUCUAGUUCUCAGUGGCUCAAGUUUACAUUAUUAUCUUUGCAAUGAUGUCAGACAGUCAACAUGGUGACAAGGCAGCCUAUCGGAUAUCUGGUCCGCAAGAGUUUUCAAGCAUAGAUUCUUAACACCUCCACACAUGCAAAUGAUUCCGCUCAAUACAUACUACAGACACACACACACAAAAUUAUACAAUGAAAGAAAUGUUCUAUUACACGAGCUCAGUCCUGGAACAAAUUCAAGAUCAAUGUGUGUGUAUAAGAAGAAAUAAUAACAGGUGCAUCUCCUUUUUUUUUUUUUUUUUUUUUCAAAUUAUUAUUAUUUUUUAAACAACCAAGCUGUACUAGCGCAAACCCCCACCCCCCUGAGCCGCAAUCACUGGACACUUCAUUAGGUACACUUGCACAGUCCAAUAAUGACAUUCUCCCUUCAAAAAGAUAAUAAUGCUCAGUAUUAAUCAUUUAACAAUGUGUGUCAUAAUUAUUGUUGUUGUUGGUUGCACUGAAUGCAUUAUAACAAGAGCUCUUGUCCGUCACAAUUGAGCAUUGUUCAUUUUCAUAUUGAAUCAUUAGUUGGUGCAAGUGUUCCUAAUCAAGUGAGCUCUGAAUAAGGCCAAGGAUACUUUUGUAGUAUUAUUUACUUUAAAAAAAAAAAAAAAAAGUUUUUAAAUGCUUUUAUUUUUUUUGAAUAAUGUCUGUGGUUAAGUGCGCCUUUUCACGUUAGCAUCGCGUUUGAGCAACGGCACCUCAGGUGUCGUAUUCGCUGCUCAGGUUAUAUGGAAAUACACUUUUGUGGCAUAUUUAUUCACAGUUGUGCUCAUAAGUGUACAUUCCCUGACAGAAUUGUGUAUUCCUUUCUUGAAACAAAACAUGAGUGAUCAGGCAAAACAUAUUCACAUAUUUUAUUUUUUUAUGACUACCAAAAAAAAAAACGGUAAAUGGGUUUUACUUGUACAGUGUAGUGCUUUUCUGUCUUCAAGCUCAUUCAUCUACUGAUGAUCCAAGUGGGGCUUUAGUUUCUUGGUCAUGGAAAAAAAAAAUAUCCUAAAACUUGCCAAUAAUUCACAAAUUCUGCCACAAGGUAAGUAAAUUUAUGAGCACAACUGUAAUUGACGUGUUUGCAAAAGUUUAAUGCAAAUUAGAACAAAAAAUGUUGGAAAAUCCUCUAUGGUGGGAUUUUUUUUUUUUUUAUCUCACAUGCACGCACAAAAUAAGACAAGCACUCACACAAACAUAAACGCAGGCACACAAAAACACAUGCAUAUACAAAAACAUAUAGAAAACAUACAACACAUGCACACACACACAAAAACACGAACAUCCACACAGACACAGAGCCCCAGGAAAGGCAAAUCAAGCCAUCCUCGACAAAUUGGUCAAAAAGCUGCCUCAGGUGAUUCCAAAUAAAAGUGAGUCCUUUCAUGAUGGCAUUUUUGGCUUUUAAUUGGUGGGAGCUGUUCGUUGUACAUUUUGGGGGCUUUGGAACAAAUGUCUCAAAGAAUUUUCAACUGUAAGAUUGAGGCGCCGAAAAUGGAUGGCUGGAUUUGGGCCUUUCGUGUCCAAACGAUCACAAUGUGUCAUAGUAGCAAGCAAAGGACCGUCUGACAAUUUUUUGCAAAUAGGGUGUUGAUGCUUAAAACAACAACAAAAACAUUAACCGUUUAUUCCCAGAGCCAAAGUGUUGCCAAGUUAUAGGAUGGACCAAAGAUGUUUUUUUUAAUAUAUAUUUUUACAAAUUUCCCCUCUCCCUGCCCCACCCUCCAGUUUUCUAUUAAAGCCUUUAUUUUAGGAGCGAUUCUGUGGAGCUAAUCGUGCAGCAUAAGUUGCCCAUGUGAGAAUAAAUUUUAAAAAAAGAAAGAAAUGCCACCAGUUUCUUAGAUAUCAGAUCAAUCUGCUCAACUUUGACUGCUUCGCAGCUGCAGGCAGCUCCGGGAUGAUGUAGCUAAACAAUAAGAAAAGAAAGCGUUUUUUGUUUUAUAUUCAGCUUGUUUGUACGCUGCAUUGUACCUCUUUAUCUAACGUGUGUGUAUAGUUGAUUGCACUAUUUUUUAACUAACCUGGAAGUGCAAUAAGACAAUGUAAUUAAUAAAAACAGCACCAUUUUA